CACACACACACACAACCACCGCAGAUCUCACACCGCAGUGAACAAAGGGAAGCGGAUCGAGUAAAUAAGUAAAAGAAGAAAGAAAGAAACAAAGGGGAAAAAAAAGAAGAAAAAAAAAACCGAAACAUGGCGUCCCAGACAAAGGACCGCAUCACCUGCCACGUCCUUGACACCUCGGCGGGCCGCCCGGCCCGUGGCGUGCGCGUGCACCUCUCGACGACGGUACCCUCCUCCUCCUCCUCCUCUCCCUCCACCACCGGCGGCGUCCUGCGCGAGUUCGAGUCCCAGACCGACGACGACGGCCGCGUCAAGGCCUGGCUGCCCUUCUCCGACGCCACCGCCUCGGGCGAGGUCCCCGUCUACACCCUCGAGGACGUCCUCGGCGGCCUCCAGGGCCCCUCGCGCUGGACCCUGCGCUUCGACACCGCCGCCUACUUUGGCGGCGAGGACGCCACCUUCUUCCCCGAGGCCGUCGUCGUCUUCACCGUCCGCGAGGGCCAGCACUACCACGUUCCCCUGCUGCUGAGCCCCUACAGCUACACCACCUACCGCGGCAGCUAGAUGCUGUUUUCUUUUUUUGGUCCGGGGGAGGGGGGAGGGAUGGGUGGCCAUGAGGUUGACGGGAGACAGAGAGAGAGGGGGGG